CCCCUUUCCGCGGCUGAACAGUUGCAGCAGUAGUCUGAUGAAGUCGGAGCGGGAGGCUGCGCCGGGGCUGGGGCCUAUGCGUGGCGGCGGCAGCGGUAGCGGUAGCGGUGGAGGUGGAGGGCGGGACAAGCGACUCAUGGAGCCUCCGCUCCGUCGGGAAUCGCCGCGCCGAGAGCCCGAGACCCCGCCCCAACCGCCGCCGCCGUCCUCCUCCUCCCCCCUGGGGCCGCCGCUGCCGCCGGGCCCGGGAAAAGCGCGGGACGAGAAGAAAACUGCGCUGAGCAAAGUAGUUAUUCGCCGGCUUCCUCCUUGCCUAACUAAAGAGCAGCUGGAGGAGCAGCUGCAUCCUCUACCUGCCCAUGAUUAUUUUGAAUUUUGCACUGCUGAUCCCAGGCCACAUCUUCUAUUUGUGAUCCAGCAAGAAAUCUUUUUGAUCAGAAAUGUCAGAGAUUCUCACUUUAGAGCUCCAGACAUAGCCAAUGGCAGCCUUUAUCCACAUCUCUACUCCAGAGCAUACAUUAACUUUAGAAAUCCUGAGGACAUCCUUCUUUUUAGAGAUCGAUUUGAUGGCUAUGUCUUCAUUGAUAAUAAAGGUUUGGAAUAUCCUGCUGUGGUAGAAUUUGCACCAUUCCAAAAGAUUUCAAAAAAGAAGCUAAAGAAAAAAGAUGCGAAAGCUGGGAGCAUUGAAGAUGAUCCAGAAUAUAGAAAAUUUUUAGAAAGUUAUUGUGCCGAUGAAGAGAAAAUCUGUGCCAAUCCUGAGACUCUGUUGGGAGAGAUUGAGGCAAAAACAAGGGAACUCAUUGCUAGAAGAACAACACCUCUUUUGGAAUAUAUUAAAAAUAGAAAAUUAGAAAAGCAGAGGAUACGGGAAGAGAAAAGAGAAGAACGGAGGAGAAGGGAACUGGAAAAGAAACGUCUGAGAGAAGAAGAGAAAAGAAAGCGCAGAGAAGAAGAAAGACGUAAAAGAAAAGAAGCAGAGAAGCAAAAGAAAAUUGCUGAAAAAGAAAUAAGGAUCAAGCUUCUUAAGAAGCCUGAAAAGGGAGAUGAACAGGCCAGUGAAAAACACAAGGAAAAAGGGGAAGAAGCUGAUAUUGAAGAAGGCAAAUGGGAAAAAUCAUCUGGAUCUGGGAGUAUAAAAUCCAAGUCAUUGGAGGGUCCAUUAAAGGAACUUAAGGAAAAGUCACAAAAUGAUAGUGAUAAAGAGCAAAGGGAUUUGGAGAGAAGAUUUCGAGAAAAAGAACCUGAAAGACAAAGGUAUCGGUUGGAUGAUGGCAGAAAGCAUAGAGCGCACUAUGAGUUUGACAAGUUUGUGAGAAGGAAUGAAGAAGAGCUGAAAUGGGGGAAAGGAUACAACCAAGACAGAGGAAAGAAAGGGAACCACAACUACAGCUUCACUGUGGAGGCAGUAGACAAACUGGGUAAAGAGGACAAGUGUGAUGACAUGGCAUCCAAAAAGGAGCGCAUAAGAAAUAAGGAUCGUCCAGCCAUGCAGUUAUACCAGCCCGGAGCUCGCAUUCGAACACAUACGGGGUCUACAAAUAAAACCUAUGACUGCUAUGGGAAGUUCUCUGAAGAUACCUGUGAUAGAAAAUAUGAGGCAGAUAAUUUAACUGGAGGUGGUUCUGAGAAGAGUGAAGAAGCAGAAUAAAACAAAAUGGAUAGAAAACCUGUGAAAGAAUUGUUAAUUUUAACUUCUCCACAACAUUCAUAAGGCCAUUUCAGAACUCCACAGAUUAUACCAACAAAAGUGUACUACAUCUAUCCUUUGCUUUCUUCAAUAAGAAAAAAAAUUAUUUGAGACAGAUGUCAUAUUAAUAUGGCAAAGAAAUAUAAUUGUUUUUCUACAAAAAGUGUAAGCAAACACCAUUUUCUUAAUUUAAUAGCAGUCCAAUAUUUUAUUAGGCUUACCCCAAGAUAAAAAAAAACUUUUAAUAGUUUUCAACUUGUGUUUAUAUAAAACUUUUCAGAUAACAUUUCACCUUUUCAGAUCUAUUAUACUUAGAGAAAUAAACUGUAAGUUUGUGUCAGUUUGAAAUCUGAAGCACUUUAAAUGUGUUCUGUGAAUGGCAUUAACUGUACAGGACCUAGUCCUUCAAACAUCACCAGGCAUAAAGCUGACUAUGAAGAACAGUGCUAGUGGAAUCAAUGACACCAUGGCUAGAAGCAUGCGCUGUAGCCAGUAAUGUUUGCAGGAUUUGGCCCAGGGUUUGCACAUCUGCGAGCCAUGUCUAUUGGUAUUUGUAGCUCAUCGUUUACAUUGUUUUCAUUUAGCUAUAGUGUCAGGUAAGUGUAAUUAAAAACUACAAUACAUUGUUACAACAUUUGCCAUUCUCCUGACCAUUUUUGCCUUGUAAGUUUUAAUGUAUUCCUGUGUUUAAAAUGGAAACGCAAUCCUCCACAUUUAAAUGCUGUAUCUGGUUUUGCAAUUGCAAUUUUUUUAAAUGUUUUUGGCACUGACUUUUAAAAGGUAUUGUACAGUGGUGACUUUAUCUAUGUUAAUGUUUCAUAUAAGUUGCAGUUGUAGGAUUUGGAAAUUCUAUGAUGCAUAUAAGUUAUAAAAUAUAAUUUCUUUGAGAAAAUAAAACAUCUAAUAGUGA